AAUUUCAUACAGAUGGCGCUAUCAAAUCAAUGGCAGCACAUGUACGAUUUGAGUUUAGCUUGUAUUUGAAACGACAAAUGUCACAUUUUUACAUCGGUCUAAAUGUCGACUUUUGAACACAACGCGUGAGAAACACAUACAGCCCGCUAUAACCACGAUUCGAGCAUUUUGCCAAGGAUCAAACAAUCAUUUCAACGACAAUAAAUUGCCAAAUUAACUCGUCAACAUGUCUGGUGUUUUAUUCGAAGAUAUUUUCAAUGUAAAAGACAUGGAUCCGGAGGGUAAAAAAUUCGAUCGUGUCAGUCGUUUGCAUUGCGAGUCUGAAUCAUUCAAAAUGGACUUGAUUUUGGACAUCAAUUCAUGGUUGUAUCCAAUGGAAUUGGGAGACAAAUUCCGUUUGGUUCUGGCCACAACAUUGCGUGAAGAUGGUUAUCCAGAUAGCGGUGAAUACAAUCCAAUCGAAACAGAAGACUCACGUGCCGACAGCUUUGAAUACGUAAUGUACGGGAAAAUCUACCGGAUCGAAGGCGACGAAGCUCACAAUGAAGCAUCCAGCCGAUUGUCCGCAUAUGUGUCGUACGGUGGGCUUCUGAUGCGGCUGCAAGGCGAUGCAAAUAAUUUACACGGUUUUGAAGUUGAUCAACACAUUUAUCUUUUAAUGAAAAAAUUGGCGUUCUAA